UGAAAUAUGAAAUUAAAAAACAUUAAAUGAUUUAAUAAAGCUAAAUCCAUUAUUACAUAUUAUUGCUCUACAUAAAUGGUAAUUGUUUUAAAACCAGUAUAGUGAAGAAAAAAGACUAUAAAAGCGCGUGAGGAAUUCCAUCUACAACAGAAGCAUUUUUGUUCCAGCCGGGACACCUGUCCUCACCUCGUCCAAUCCUAUUGGCCAGAAUGAAACUCUAACUGCGUGGCGCCAAUAUUCAUUCACCUCUGCCCACUCUCACAUCACCACGCGCCUUCCUUAAAUCUCCUCAUCAGUUCUGCCGUUACAGAAGCACCAAAAAUUCAUAUUUUUCACAGCCGCCCCGAAAAAGAGAAAAAAAAACCUUAAUCAGUACCAUAUCACCAUUCUCUAUCAAACCUUGCGUCUCGGUUAAUAAUGAAAUUGCAGGUGGCGGCUCGUCGUUUAUGGGCUUUGAUGUUAGCGGCGGCGGUGGUGGUGCCAGCGGCGCGUGGUGUCUGGUUCGAUUUGCCGAAAACUGAGUUAAAGUGCGUCGGAGAGGAAAUACGCAACGGCGGCGUGGUAGUUAUGGGUAACUAUUAUUCCUUCUACGGCGAUAGAGACCAGAAUACUACCCUCAAUCCCUCCAUCUCCGUCCAGGUUGUAUCACCAUAUGGAAGUAAGCUGUAUAACAAAGAGAAAAUGACGCAUGGCGAGUUUGCAUUUACAACGACUGAGACCGGAACCUACUUAGCUUGCUUUGGAUUGGAUGGUGACGAUCACUCCGGUAAAACUGUCACAGUCGGCAUUGACUGGAAAACCGGAAUCGCUACUAAAGAUUGGGAAUCCGUUGCCAAAAAGGAAAAGAUCGAGGGUCUGGAACUUGAGUUGAGAAAGCUAGAAGUUGCUGUGCGUGGAAUCCGUGAUAGGAUGAUUAAUAUGAUGAGUAGGCAAAUUAGUAUGAUUGUAAAAAGUAACAGAACAAGUGACAGAGUGGACUGGUAUGGAACGAUGUCCCUCGGUUUCUGUAUCGUGGUUGCGAUUCUCCAGGUGUGGUAUUUGAGGCGAUACUUUCACAAGAAAAAGCUUAUCUAGAACUUACACAAACAUACUAUUACAGAUUUUGAACAACAUAAGACGAAACUGCUGCAGUGUGGUGUUGGUCCGAAUAAAAUGCAGAGUAGUUUAUGUUUUCUCAAUUGAAUCUCAUGCCAUUCUAUUAUUCAAACAAUUACUA